AAAGUGACGCACAUCAUUCUUAAAAAAGCUCUCUUGAUGAUUUUCUUGACGUUGCCACCUCGCUGUUUUCCUCAAUCGUUGCCCGGUCCUUUUGAUCCUUUGUCAACUGUCGACUCCUUCCUCCUCUUCCCAAUUUUGUGUUUCGAGUAGAAGAAAAGAUAAAUCAUAGAGGCGGCUUGGGGGGGUGGGGGGGAUGUUAGGCAAUUGAUGCUGGAGCAAGUGCACAACCUGCAAAGGUUCUAACAAAAUCAUGAUUGCGACAUGAAGGGUUCAUAAAGUUGACUGUUGCAGAGAUGGAGAGGAAGCUCUGGGACAACAGGUGCUGCAAUUGUAACGAGAGGUAUGUCGUCGGGUAUUGUUGUGCCAAUGCCAACCUUAUGGUGUUGGUAGGAACUUUCGAGGAUGAUGUUUGUUGAGGAGAUGAAAGCAAAAGUAGGGGAAAGCAAAUGGAGAUGCAACUAGUCAACAUUGAUGGAAAGGUUGCUCUGAAACGAUGGUGAAUUAAUAGAAAUUUACCCCUUUAGAUUAUUUAUCGUUUAAAGAUUAAGCAUAUGUUUGGCACGGUUUUUAGAAGUACUUUUCGGUUUGAAAAAAUGAAGUAAGACCAAACAUCUCAAAAAGCUUGGCUUUCGAAAAGCUGAAAAGUUUUUUUGUAUAACAUAAAAGCAGAAGUUUUGAUUUGGAGUUUCUGCAAAAAAACUAUUUUGACAAAUACAAGAUUAUCCUUGCCAUAUUUUAAUUUUACUUUAGAAAAUACAAUUUUCUUUCAUUAAUAUCAUUUUAAAAAUAAAAUAAAAAAUAAAAUAUAAUUAUAUAAUAUAAAAGAAAUCUAACAAUGGAUGAAAAGUUAUAAACUUUAAACGCUCUCUUCUCUCUCUUCUCUCUUCGGGGGAAAGGGUUCUGGUUAGGGUUCUUCACGCCGCCAUGGAGGCCUCUCCAUCGGCCACAGCUCCGAUUGGAGAGGCGGUGACCUGGACUUCUCUGUCUGAUGUCGCGCCUGCUAAUAGGAUGCGAUUUCGCCCUCCUUGAAAAGAUCAAUGAUGACUAUCGUCUACCUCGCGAAGUGAAAAAGAGGGGCGAAGAAAGGUGGAAGGACUGUUUGAUCAGGCAGUUUGUGGGAGCUCUUCCUAAGUUGGGGCUUCUCCAACAAUGGGUGAAUGGACUCUGGGGUAGGGAUGGUCCAGUGACGGUCUCUCGGUUUGGACAGCGUUUGCUUUCUUCCAGUUCCCUUCAGGAAACCAGAUCUUCUUUAGGAAAUGAGCUCCAGGUAUCCAGCCGGUUGCACCAGUGAUUGAGGAGCUGUCGAUAUGGGUCAGAAUUUGGGGGAUUCCGUUGGAAUACCAUACUUUCGAGGGGCUUGAGUGGGUUGCAAGCACUAUCGGUCCCCCGGUCUGGAUGGAUCAAACUACACGAAAAGGCCAUCAGUUGGAGUUUGCUAAGGUGUGUGUUAACCUUGCUGCUGACUGUGGUUUCUAAGAUUCGGUUAUAUCCAGAUGAUGAUCCGGUUUUCGGUUUUUGAUAUUGAGAUAGAAUAUCUGAAUAAGCCUCUGGUAUGUUCCAAGUGUGAGAUACAUGGUCAUGAUUGUAAUAGAAGUGAGGGGGGGGGGGGUAAGAUGUGGGUUCCUAAAGUUCAAGCUCUUGGUGUUAAAGAAGAUCUGGCUGCAACUAUUCAUCGUGUUGUGGCGGUUUCGAGUAAGGGAAAAGAGAAAGUUAGUGUUGAACAGGAGGUUGAAAAUAUGAACUCUAUGGUUUCAGUUGAGCAGGGGCAAGCUUCUAGUACUGUGGUAAAUGCAUGGGUUGAUAUUGGGGAUCAGGUUGCCAAGUUUGUUGAUGUGGUGAAGGGUUCAAUUGCUGAGAAUCCCACUGCCUCUCAGCAAUUGGAUUUGGAGAAUUGUUCACCAAUGCCAGGGGGACAACCUCCUUCACCUGAUCCUCCUGAUCAGAGAACUCGUGGAUCACUAUGAGUCAUGCUAGAAGGAAGAAAUCCCCUGCUGCUCCUUUUCCUAAGAUAGGGGGUAGGGGAGGAAAGCGUAAAUGAAGGUUCUAUCAUGGAAUACCCGGGGCUUUAAGGAUCCGGAUAAGAAUAAUGCUAUGCAGCUUUUAGUAAAUAAAUACAGUAUAGAUAUUAUAGCGUUAUUAGAACCAAGAGUGAAGGUUGACAAAGCAGAAGAACUUGUGAACAAGCGUUUCCCGGGCUGGGAGAAGAAAGUUGUUAGUAAUGCUAAUGGAUUAAGUAAGAUUGGGUUAGUUUAGAGGUCUAAUGUGAAGUUGUGAAUCCUUCAUAGUACUGAUAAGCUCAUACAUGCCUUGGUUUGUUCUGGUAAUCCUUUCUUUGUUAUGGUGGUCUAUGCCUCUAAUGAAGAAGCAAAGAGAAGAGUUCUUUAUAGUAAUGUGGGGGCUAUUCAAAUUCAAUAUGAGCCAUGGGUUAUACUGGGAGAUUUCAAUGCAAUUGGGGGUGUGAGUGAAGCCUCUAACUCUCCAAGUGUUAGUUCUAGUAUGGUUGAAUUUAGGAAAUGGCAGUUUGAUGCUGAGAUUGUUGAGCAUAAGUCUUCUGGGCCAUGGUUUACUUGGGUCAAUAAGCAAUCUGGAAAUCC